CCGGGCCCGCUCCGCCUCUUCCCGGGGCCGCCGGGCCCGCCCGUUCCGGUGGUGGCGGCGGCACCAUGGGGGUCACCUGCGUGUCGCAGGUGCCGGUGGCCGAGGGCAAGAGCGUGCAGCAGACGGUGGAGCUGCUGGCGCGGCGGCUGGAGGCGCUGGGCGCGGACAAGCAGGGCACGUUCGGCGUGGACUGCGAGACCUACCACACCGCGGCUGCCCUCGGCACUCAGGGGCAGACAGGGAAGCUGAUGUACGUCAUGCACAACUCCGAGUACCCCCUGAGCUGCUUCGCCCUCUUCGAGAACGGGCCCUGCCUGGUGGCUGAUGCCAACUUUGACACCCUCAUGGUCAAGCUCAAGGGAUUCUUCCAGAACGCCAAGGCCAACAAGAUCGAGAGCCGCGGCACCCGCUACCAGUACUGCGACUUCCUGGUGAAGCUGGGCACCGUCACCAUGGGCCCCAGUGCCAGGGGAAUUUCUGUGGAGGUGGAAUACUGCCCCUGUGUGAUCCCCAACGACUGCUGGAACCUGCUGAUGGAGUUCAUGCAGAGCUUCAUGGGCAGCCACACGCCCGGGAUCCCGUCGGUGUUCGGCUCCAAGCACGACAGCACCUACAGCCCCGGGGACACCAUGGUGCAGUACAUGGAGCUCUUCAACAAAAUCCGCAAGCAGCAGCAGGUCCCCGUGGCUGGCAUCAGGUGAAGAGAAUUCCCUGAGCUCCUGGACUCUCAGGAAUCUCUCCAAAGCGUGGCACAAGCAGAACUUGGAUUUUUUAGUUGGUUUUUUUUGGUCUUUCCCAUCUGCGAGUUUUCCGGGUGUCCCGCGCGGUUUGGGAUUGUUGGAGGUUUUGUGGUUUUUUUGGACAGUGUUUCCUGCAGGGAAAAGAGGAAUUCUAGCCAAAAGGAAAGGCAGAGCUGCUGUGACUGCAAACAGCUACAGGAGGAAUGUCUGAAAUCUCUAUUUUUGCUGUAUUCCAGCCCAAUAAAACGCUGGAUUUCGGGAGGAGGAGUUGUCCUGCACACUGAGGGUUGUGCUGAUUCCUGUUGUUUAUUUAUGCCCCCAAAACAAACAUUUCUCUAUGAAAAAAAUCCAGGAAAUCUCACAUUUUUCUUACCUUGCCUUCAUCCUCUGUAGCUGAUGGGAAUGUCAGAAUCUCCUGCCUGUCAGUGAAGGCUCUGGGUACAUUAAAAAAUGAAAUAAAUAAGCCUGGCAGGAGCUUUGUCAGGCACUGAGAGAA